CUCAGUCGCUCGCGGUCGCUCGCAGUCACUCCCAGUAGCUCGGCACAAGCACAACGAGAGGCGGGAAGCGACAACCGCUCUUCGAGUUUACAGGUUAGGUACUGGCAAAAUCCCAUUUCCUGGACAGUUGGACACAUCCAUUCGAAAAAAAAGAAUCGUUUCGCGCGAAAUCCCGAGGAGUUUUUUUUAACAGAGUGUGGUGAAUGUGAAUAAUAAAAUAAAUCCAAAAUACGAGUGUGUUCCACUGACACGUAGAAAUAAUCAAGAAUAAUGGCUGCCCUGAAGCAAAUCACCAGCUUGACCAAGGUCUUUAAGGCGAUGACGGCAACCCGGGCGAGCCGGGUCCUCGCCUCUAAGAAUUUUUACACUUAUGUCAAUGAACCCGGAAUGCCGAUUCCGGACAAGGAACCUUGCUGGGUCAAAACUGCCGAAGAAGCCGUCCAAAAAGCUGGAUUAAUGUCAGAUCAAAAAGUAUAUGUCCAGGGAGCAGCAGCAACGCCACUUGAACUUCUCAGAGGUUUGACACAAGUCGGCAAAGGUAGUGAUGUUCGAAAUGUAAAACUAUACCACAUGCACCUCGAGGGUGAAGCCAUUUUUGCAAAGCCUGAAAAUGCAAAACACUUCAAGUCAAUCAGUUUAUUCAUCGGUGGGAACGUAAGGCCGGCUGUGAAUGACGGAAGAGCAGAUUGUAUUCCAAUUUUCCUACACGAAAUCCCAAAGCUGUUUUAUGAGGGUAUCAUCAAGCCAGACAUUGCUCUCAUCCAUGUUUCUCCACCUGAUGAAAUGGGAUAUUGCUCUCUUGGUACCAGUGUCGACAGUGUUAGGUCUGCCGUAAUCCAUUCAAAAAUUAUUGUAGCACAAGUAAAUAAGCAUAUGCCGAGAACCUUUGGUGAUGCAUUAAUCCAUAAAAGUCAUCUGGACAUUGCUCUACUGCAUGAUGAUCCACUCCCUUCUCAUGGUGCCAAGGAGCCAAGCAAAGAGGAGCAGCUGAUUGGAAAGCAUAUCGCAGAAAACCUCGUAGAUGAUGGAGCUACAUUGCAGCUUGGAAUCGGAAGCAUACCAGAUGCUGUCCUUUCUCAGCUCAAGAGUCACAAGGACUUGGGAGUACAUAGUGAAAUGUUUAGUGAUGGUGUUGUGGAUCUUGUCAAUUUAGGCUGCAUUACAAACAGCAAGAAAAAACUUCACCAAGGAAGAAUCGUGGGGUCUUUUUGCGUCGGGACGCAAAAACUGUACAGCUUUAUGCACGAUAAUCCCUUUAUCGAAAUGUUGAGAGUCGAUUACGUAAACGAUCCGAGGGUAGUGGCCCAGCAACCGAAAAUGACGGCCAUUAACUCUUGCAUCGAAGUUGAUAUCACAGGGCAAAUCUGCUCCGACAGUAUCGGAACGAGGAUGUACUCAGGUUUCGGAGGACAAUUAGAUUUCAUUUUUGGAUCUGCGAUGAGCGAAGAUGGCUGUGGAAAACCAAUCAUCGCUCUCAGGUCGACGACGAACAAAGGGGCCAGCAAAAUUCAACCUGUGUUAAAUUUGGGAGCGGGAGUCGUCACAUCAAGAGCUCACGUUCGAUACGUCGUCACGGAGCACGGAAUAGCAAGCCUUUUUGGCAAAACUAUGCAACAGCGAGCGCACGCUUUGAUCCAGGUUGCGCAUCCCAAUCACCGCGAAUCACUAGAAAAAUCUGCGUUCGAACGAUUGAAAGUGAUGCCAGAGCCCUAAAUGUCUAUUGCCAUUUAAACGCCAAAAUUCAUCCAGCUAGAAUUUCGUGAUGAUUGUAAUUCAAUGCAAAUACACAUCAUCAUCGUGCGUGCAUCUUACGAAGCAACCAUUAUACUUUUCACCUUUUUUUCUUUUAACUUUUUUGUCAGAAAGUACUCCAAAUCAGUGCGACGCUCAAUUUGCAAUCAGUCAUUUGUUAUGCGCUACGAAAUAAUUGUUAUACAUCGACUGAAUAGGAUCUGUACGAGAGUGAAUGUACAUUGUACAAAAUAUUAGGGAAUAUCUACCUGAUGUUAUGGGUCGCGUCUCUUACGCAUAGGCAUUUUUUAUAGAGAAAUUUACUAUAAUGUCCUUGUUAUGUACAUGAUCUGCCAGUUUUAUUCCUAGAUUGAUAAAAGUACUAAAAAAAAUCUAGAUUUUUAAAGUUAACUUUCUGGAUAUCGUCAACGAGUGCGUCAUAUUUAAUUCAUUUUUUAAUUUCUUUAAUGAUCCAGACAGAAAUGCCUAUUUAAAUCUAUGGGGAAAUGUAUGGAUAUUUAUGUACGCAACACCUUGCGAAAGGGACAUUGCGCGAAUUAUUAUCAGAUGUGUGUAUUUCUUUAUGUAUAUCUUUAUAUAUACUUUUAAAAAUGUUUCCGCAGCGGUGAUGAUAGAUUGUGGUACAAAGUAUUGCAUCGUUGAAAAGAAUAAUUGUAACAAAGAAAUACGAAAAGAGAAGCCUGAAUGGAUUCCAAGAUUCAAGUUUUCCGUGGAAAAUAGACAUGAAAACGAAUUUAUUUGUACAUAUUUAAUCCUAGAAUUGCGUGGGGCGAUUUUAUUUAUUUUUUAAUUCCGGUAUUGCAGAAACAAAUCCUUGUUCAUAUUUGAAUAAAUAUAAUUAUCUGAAUCCUCUUAAA